GGCACAACAAGCCACUCAGGGAUUCUAUUCUCUCCAGGCAGCCUUCAUUGCCCAGGUUUCUGAAGCAGCCAUGGCAACAGUACCCGAACCCACCAACGAAGUGAUGGCUUACUACAGUGAUGAGAAUGACCUGCUAUUUGAGGCUGAUGGCCCCAAACAGAUGAAGUGCUGCGUCCAACACCUGGACCUCAGCUCCGUAGGAGAUGGGAGCAUCCAACUGCAAAUCUCCCACCAGCUCUACAACAAGAGCUUCAGGCAGGUGGUGUCGGUCAUCGUGGCCAUGGAGAAGCUGAAGAGGAUUCCCUGCUCACAGGCCUUCCAAGAUGAUGACCUGAGGAGCAUCUUUUCACUCAUCUUUGAAGAAGAGCCUGUCAUCUUUGAAACGUACGCUGAUGAUUUUCUGUGCGACGCGGGUGUGCAGUCGCUGAACUGCAAACUCCAAGACAAAGAGCAAAAAUCCCUGGUGCUGGCUGGCCCAUGUGUGCUGAAGGCCCUCCACCUCCUCGCGCGGGACAUGAACCGAGAAGUGGUUUUCUGCAUGAGCUUCGUGCAAGGAGAUGAAAGUGAAGACAAGAUACCUGUGGCCUUAGGCCUCAAGGAAAAGAAUCUAUACCUGUCUUGUGUGAUGAAAGGCGAUAGGCCCACCCUGCAGCUGGAGGAGGUAGACCCCAAAACUUACCCAAAGUGGAAUAUGGAAAAGCGAUUUGUCUUCAACAAGACAGAAGUCAAGAAUACAGUUGAAUUUGAGUCUGCCCUGUACCCCAACUGGUACAUCAGCACCUCUCAAGCAGAAGAAAAGCCCAUCUUCCUAGGACGUUCCAAAGGUGGCCAUGAUAUAACUGACUUCACCAUGGAAAUCAUCUCUCCCUAAAGGAAGCUGUACCCAGAGUUCAUAUGGGCUGAAUGACCCCGAGGGUUGGCAGAAGGGGAAUGGAAGAACAUGGCUGCAGCCCGAACUUCACUGUUGUCUAAUCAAUGCCCAACUGCCCUCCGUAUUCGUGCUAGGAGAUCUCCUGCCCACCA